AGAGAGAGAGAGACUGUGACUCAAUUCCCAUUCCAUUAUUCCUUAGAACAGUACCCCUUUUGUUUUCUCGAAUUCCAACCAUUCCCCCUCAGAAACCACCAUUAUAUUUCUGGUCCUCCUUUAUUUAAAACGGACCUCUCUCUCUCUCUCUCUGUGUUACUGUGUGACUGUCUUUGUGGAAAGGUCUCUGAUCCCUCUGCACCCAUAAAUACACAACUUACCCUUUUCACAAACUUUUCCUUCAAGCCUUCAUCCCCCCCAAAAAAAAACUCUGCUUUCUUUCUUUCUUUUUCCUGCAUUUUUAAUCUGACUAGUAGUUUCUGCUUUUUUUCUUCUUAUUAACCUCUCUAUAUAUUUUGCUAUUCCAUCAACCCUAGCAUAUAGGAUCCUACUGAAAAGCCUACCUUAUUAGCCUCCUCUUCUCUCUCUUAAUACCAAUGCAAAUCAUGAGGCACUCAUGAUAUAAUCACAACUCACAGCCUUCUUUUUCACCUCUCUCUCAUCCCAAUUCUUGCUUUUCCUUAUUUGUUCCUUAGCUCUCUCAUUUCCUUGUUUAUUUAAGAACCCCUAGUGGGUCUUUUGAUUAAGCUAUUAGAUCUCCACCACAGCCCUCAUGUUUCUUAGCUCAAACCCUAUAAUGAGAACUACUAGCAGUACUACUCCAUCACCCUUGCCUGACCUUUCCUUACAGAUCAGCCCACCUUCAGUUUCAGCAGAUUUUGAAGCUAAGGAAGUGAGCUAUGAUGGAUUGAUAACAAGAAAAGCAGUACUCCACAGUGAUAGGAGCUCAACCACUGAUUCUGGAAGCAGUGGAAGCGAUUUAAGCCAUGAAAAUGGCGGCUUCUACCCAGCUGGGGCUUAUAAUCUUGGUCUUACUGAGCCCACGUUAAGCUUAGGGUUUGAAAUGUCAGAUUUGAGUCCCCCAUCUCUACAACUACCAAGAAACUAUCAUCAACAUCACCAUCACCAACACCAGCACCAUCAUCACCACAAUCAUCAACCUCAAAUCUACGGCCGAGAGUUCAAGAGAAAUGCAAGAUUGAUUAGUGGUGUGAAAAGAAGUGUCAGAGCUCCAAGAAUGAGAUGGACUACGACCCUCCAUGCCCAUUUUGUUCACGCAGUAGAACUUCUCGGCGGCCAUGAAAGAGCAACACCAAAGUCUGUGUUAGAGUUGAUGAAUGUGAAGGAUCUAACCCUAGCUCACGUGAAGAGUCAUUUGCAGAUGUAUAGAACAGUGAAGAGCACUGACAAGGGAUCAGGUCUGGGGCAGACAGAUAUUGGAUUGAAACAAAGGCCAGGACAUGUUAAUGUGGAAGGAGUCUUACCUUGUGAGAAGGCUAGUCCAAUCACAAAACUAGAAAAAACCCAAAGAAUGGAGACAAGCAGUGGGAGUAGAUCAAGUCAUGAAAAUGCUUUGACAUAUUCUGAUUUCAAGGCAAAGGAUACCAAGGAGGACGGACACAAUAUUGAAGCCCCCCAUGUUUAUGUGUCUGAUAGCGCGAAGGAGAGGUUGGACUCUAACUCUAUGUCACCAUCGAAUACAUUGCUUAAUCUGGAGUUCACUCUAGGAAGGCCAAAUUGGCAAAUGGACUAUGUUGAGUCCUCAACUGAGUUAGCCCUUCUCAAAUGUUAAACACUACGAGCAAAAGCAUAUAUCCCUAUUUGUAAAAUGUUAUUUCAUCGUGAAUAUGGGGGAAAAAAGUUAUCUAAUUCUGCAUGAUUUUUGUUCCA